UCUCGGUGAGCCUGUUUGGCGGGAAGUUGGCUUAGUUGGCCUACCUGUGGCUUAGCGGGUUCUCUGGUCCCCGCCUUGUUUCUCCCCAGAAGCUUCUCAAUCUUUCCUCGGUGAUCUCGGCAUAAGGCAUAGUACCCCUUCGCACGGAGGACGCCAUGGCUCCCAGGAAACGCCCAGAAACCCAGAAGACCCCCGAGGUGGUUGUGCGCCCCAAGAGCAAGAGGAACAGAAGCCCCCGGGAGCUGGAGCCCGAGGCCAAGAAGCUCUGUUUGAAGGGCCCCGGUCCUAGCAGAAGAUUUGACUCAGGCUGCCUUUGGGCGGGGUUGGCUAGCCUGCGGGUCCCGCCGCCAUGCAGCAUCGUCAGGGCCCUCCACCAGCAUAAGCUGGGCACAGCUGCCUGGCCAUCACUACAGCAGGGUCUCCAGCAGUCCUUUUUGAACUCUCUGGCUUCUUACCGGAUAUUCCAAAAGGCUGCCCCUUUUGACAGGAGGGCCACAUCCCUGGCAUGGCACCCAACUCACCCCAGCACCCUGGCUGUGGGUUCCAAAGGGGGAGAUAUCUUGCUCUGGAACUUUGGCAUAAAGGACAAACCCACCUUCAUUAAAGGGAUUGGAGCUGGAGGGAGCAUCACUGGGCUGAAGUUUAACCCUCUCAAUACCAACCAGUUUUUCACCUCCUCAAUGGAGGGAACAACUAGGCUGCAAGACUUUAAAGGCAACACUCUCCGAGUUUUUACCAGCUCAGGCACCUGCAACGUCUGGUUUUGCAGCCUGGAUGUGUCUGUCAAAAGCCGAGUGGUGGUCACAGGAGAUAACGUGGGUAACGUGAUCCUGCUGAACAUGGACGGCAGGGAGCUUUGGAAUCUGAGAAUGCACAAAAAGAAAGUGACCCACGUGGCCCUGAACCCGUGCUGUGAUUGGUUCCUGGCCACAGCCUCCGUAGAUCAAACAGUGAAAAUCUGGGACCUGCGCCAGGUUAGAGGGAAAUCCAGCUUCCUCUACUCGCUGCUGCACAGGCAUCCCGUCAAUGCAGCUCAUUUCAGUCCCGACGGUGCUCAGCUCCUGACCACUGACCAGAAGAGUGAGAUCCGGGUUUACUCUGCCUCCCAGUGGGACUGCCCACCAAGCCUGAUCCCACACCCUCAUCGCCACUUCCAGCACCUGACACCCAUCAAGGCAACCUGGCAUCCUCGGUACAACCUCAUUGUCGUGGGCCGAUACCCAGAUCCUAAUUUCAAAAGUUGUACCUCCCAUGAAUUAAGGACGAUCGAUGUGUUUGAUGGAAGCUCAGGAAAGAUGAUGUAUCAGCUGUAUGACCCAGAAUCUUCUGGUAUCAUGUCGCUCAAUGAGUUCAAUCCCAUGGGGGACACACUGGCCUCUGUGAUGGGUUAUCACAUUCUCAUUUGGAGCCAGGAGGAAGCUUGGAAGCGGAAAUGAAAGACAUUAAUGAAGGUGGGGGCCAAGCAAGGGCUUGGAGCCCCAUGAGAACAAGUUCUGCGAGAAGAGGCGGCUUUGUGUUAAAGGGCCAGAGGUAUCCGAGUCUUAGGGUUGGCGCAGGGGCACUGGGACUGGGACACGGCAUGUGCUGUUCUGGACGUAGCUCCAGAAACUCCAGAGGUGGCGCCCCAGCUGCCCCAAGGGUCCUUGCUAUAUGUAGCCUGGAGCCAAGCUUCUCUUUCUCCUCUCUGACAUGCAGUGGCAGAGGAUCAGGUACUGGUUUUCGAUUUGUGCUCACUAUUCACAUGGCCAAUAAAACCAUACCCAACUGA